AUGUCGCAAAGAUCCACUGUGUUGGCGUCAUCAUACUCAUCCACUGAACCCUUCAACAUUAACAAAAGACUAUAUCAAUUCCGCGGUUAUGACGGUGAAGACUUUAUCAAAUUUAAAAACAAUCUGGAAGAUUAUUUUGCACUCAAGAAUAUAACUGAGGAUAGACAAAAGGUUAUGUCAUUCAAGGCAUUAUUAACUGGAAAGGCUCGAGCCGACUUGGACACCUUGUACCCAAGUGCUGAAGAAGCAAUUAGUCAUGCUUACCAAUCGGUCAUUGGAGUUUUUACAAGCAAAUAUUUUACAGAAGAAAUGCAAGAACAAAGAAAAGAUGCAUUUAACGGAAUCAGUCAAUUAGAAGAUGAGUCUCCCAUCAAUUUUUUAAAUCGAUUAACCGAAGCUGCUGUUGUUGCGGGAAUCACCGAUGAAACCACCAUAAGCUCAAGGUUUAAAUAUGGACUGUUAUUUGCCAUACAAGAACAUUGCGUAUGCACAGGUGCGGGAACACAUGAAGACUGUGUGCGAUUAGCACAAGGAUAUUGGAAUGGCUAUCCCGUACACCAUGGAGUUCCUCAAGUCAAACCUCCGUAA